CCACUGAGAACAUUUUAAGCUGGGAAUAUAUGGGAGACUCCAACAGCCUUCAGGACCCAAAAGCCCAAGAAGACCACCCUCCAGCAGAUCAUGAUCCUGUAAAUGAAAUAAUGAAAGGAAACAUCAAUCUUGCCUACUCGCCCAAGAAGAAAAAAUUAAUGAUUUACAUUUGCGGUGGUUACAAAGAUACAGAGCAUGAAAGAAAUGCACUAAUGAAGGGAGCUUAUCCACAACUAUACACAUACUGUAAAGAAAGAGGUUAUGACAUCGUGAUGGUUGACCUCAGGUGGGGAGUGAAGGAUGGAAUUAGUGACAACCAUACAAUGGCCCAUCUACAUCUUGAGGUGCUUAAAGAGUGCCAAAAAUCAGAAGGUGUCAACUUCAUUCUCUUAAUAGGACAAAAGCAUGACUCAGCUUACCUUCCUGAUACCAUAAUUAAAGAUGACUUUGAAGCUAUUUUUAAUUGCAUUGAAAAGGAAAGAAUGGAGACGACAAAACAGACACACGUAACUCACAAUCCUGAACCCCGUACUCUGACCGAAGAGCCUGGAUUGCACGGGGAGUCUCAUUGUACGGAACUCGACCUAAUCAAGAGCUCUAAUCUAUUUAAUGAGGGGCUGUCAGGAAGCUGUGAUGAUGAUGGAAGUGUAACUCUAUCUGCACAUUACCAUCAGACUAAUGACACAAGUGACCCAGCCAUGAGAACACCAUACUCUGCAUUGGACCUUGGAAAAGCUAUUGGGCUUCUUCAACAGUGGUACAAGUUGGAUGAAAAUUGCAUCCCCAGUGUUUACAGACUUCAGCCAAUCAGUGCACACUUCAAAGACUUUUACAGCAAGGAUUCCUCCCGUAGACUACAAGCAAGAAAUAACUGGUCUAAUUCUUCCCGGAAGCUAUGGAGCAUUCUUCAGGAAUAUGCACCUUUGGCCCUCGGCGAAAAAGCAGCCUCAAAUCUCCUUGAAACAGUUAUAGAACAGGAGGUUAAACAGGGACUGCAGACCAAAGAAAUUCCAGAGAACCACUGCCAUUGGUUCAAACGGUAUAUCACCGACAUUCAGUACAAUCUUUCAAGUGAGAAAGUUUCAGAUUACAUUGAUAUUUUACCACGGAAACGACAGCUGAAUGUACCUGUGUGGAAAGCCCACAAAAAAUUUGUGGAAAGCAUCCAUGCCAGGCUUCGUCAUACCAAUAUUUAUGAGUACAAGGUCAGCUGGGGUCGGGAUGGAAUCAAUCCAAAGCUCAACAGGUCCCACUUUUUUUACACAGAGCAUCUGUGUAAUGAUUUUCGAAAGACCUUCAUUGCCCAUUUUAACAGGACGGUUAGCUCACAGGAUGCUGAGAUACUGCCAGGGGCAGAAAGUAGCUGCAACACAGCCAAGAGCUGGGCCCAGGAGGAGAUGCUGGAGCAUGUGCAGCAUUGUCACACACUGGCAUCAUUUUUCAUUGGAAGAGAAACUUCCUUGCUUAGCCUGAAGGAAUGUCUGCAACAGUCGAAACAAAGACCGAUUGUACUUCUUGGGGAAGCGGGAUGCGGCAAGAGUGCUCUUGUUGCCAAGGCAUCCAUCCUGUCCUCCGAAUGGAUCUCAGGGUAAGUGCCAGAUCCUCAAU